AGCCCUUUAUUUGUAUGCCAUUUUUCUGCCUCUUAUCAGAUCCUUUUUCUUGGUUACUGUACUAUAUAAAUAUAUCUUUCUUGCUUCAUUCAUUUGUUGAUUGUUAUUCAUAUUUGUGUUUAAUUUCUUCUAUUAUUUUGUCAUUGUAUUUGUUGCAGCACAAGCAUUUAGUUUGCAGUACAUUUAACCAUUAUCUGCCACUAAGAGGUUAGUUGACCUUCUUGUCAUUUUAUUACUGAAAUGUUUGUAUAUAUCAUCCUUGUACAAGGGAUUGGGAUUCUUGUUAAACAGACUUUUCAAUUCUACUUUUUAAUAAGUCAUUUUUUUUUUGUUUUUGAGAAAUGACCCACUUUUGAGUAUUUUAGUUUAUUUGUGAUUUAAAAUUUAAUUACAAGUAUUAAAAGUGAUAAAUCAUUCCACAAGUCACCAACUAUCAAGAAUUGAGAGAAAAUAUGGCUAUUAAGCCUCUUCAAGUUUUCAAUUAUCAAAAUGACCUACUUUUAUUUUCUCAUAUGUUGGAUUGAUAAUCGAUUUGUCCAUUGAAUCGAUAAUUGAUUUGUUGGAUCAACAAUCGAUUUGUCGGAUCAAUAAUUGAUCCGUCUAUAUAUUGGUCGGAUAGAUAAUAGAUUUGUCUAAAAAAUAGGUCAUUUCCCUGAAAAAGAAAACUUGUAGUCUAUUUAAUUAAAAGGAAAGACUUGAAAAGAACAUUAAACAAAAGAUCCCAAGAAUUGAUAGAAUUUAUUUUUAAAAAACCCUCCCACCAAAAUCUUUUAAAAAUUACAAAUUAAUCAAAAACCCGAUUCACAUGGACAGAUCGAUUAUCUAUCCAAUCGAUAUAGAUAAGAUCGAUCAUCGAUUCGACUGAUAUGUGGAAAGAUCGACUAUUGAUUCGAUCGAUACAUGGACAGAUCAAUUAUUGAUCCGAUAGGUAUAGACAGAUUCAUUAUCGAUCCUUAUCGUUAUAUAGAUAGAUCGAUUAUUGAUGCGAUAGAUAUUAUACAUUAGUCUUUUAUGUUGUUCAAUAGUUGGCUGAUUAUAGUAAUUAGCCCGAACAUUUAGAAAUGAAAUACUAGCUUCAAAAAGAAGAAAGUUGAAGAAACAAUGAGUUUUUAGUAAUAAAGUUGAACAUUUCGAAGGACACUCUCUUAAAUGCAGUAAACCAAAUUAGCUAUAAAAAAAUAUGACAACUAAUAAAGAAAGUAAAAUAUAGCAUUCAGAAAAAGUACAUGACAACAAAAAUAGUAUGGUGACAAUUGAAACACAAUAUAAACAUCGUUUAAUAACUUUCUAUCUUAAAAAUAUAAUUGAUGUGUUCUUCCCCUUAUUCAACAAUAAUUGAAGUUAUCAUCCGAAUUUGUCAGAAGCCAACACUUUGUUAUCUAUAUAAAGAUUAAUACCAUUUUAGUCACUCGGAGAGGUAUGACAUAUUUCUAUUGAUUUUAAUCUUGAUUACUUGAUACUAUAUAUUUUUUUUUUCAUAUACUCAUAUUUAUGUUUUUAUGUUCUUUUCUCUUAGUAUAUAUUAUUGCAGUGAUCAGUUUCUUCUUCCCAAAUUUCUACCAUUGAAAGCUUAGGUCAUAACCACGAAGGCAAUAGCAGAUAUGGCUCAUGCAAGUGUGGCUUCUCUUACGAGAACAAUAGAAUCGCUCUUGACAUCCAAUUCACCGAUGCAAUCUCUAUCCUGUGAUCACAGAAAAGAAUUUUGCGCUCUUCAUGAAAAAGUUAGUUCCCUGGAAGUAUUUGUCAAGAACUUUGAGAAAAACAAUGUUUCUGGGCAACUGACAGAUUUGGAAGUGCAGAAUAAAGAAGUUGCAAAUAUUGUUGAACAAACAAUUAAACUAAGAGUGACUGAAGUUGUAUUGUCAAAUGACGAAACUCUGAGAGAAAAGGCACAAGAGAGGCUUUCUGAUAGCCUGCAACAAGUAGCAGAGGACAUCGAUCGUAUCUGGAAAGAGUCAACAAAGAUUCAAGAUAAAGGGAACGUGAGGAAUUUUCAGUGGUUCAAGAUUUUUCAAUGCUUCGAGAUUUUUCAAUGGUUCAACAAAACAUCGAAGGUUGAGAAAAUAAUGGUUGGACGUGAUGAUCAAAGGAAACAGUUGUUAAAAGAUCUGACUAUAAGCUACUCUGGCGAACAGAAAGUCAUCCCGAUAGUCGGGAUGGGAGGCAUAGGUAAAACAACCUUAGCGAAAGAAGUUUACAAUCAUAAAUCAAUUCUACGCCGUUUUGAUGUUCGUGCUUGGGCUACUGUAUCUCAACAGCACAACAAAAGGGAAAUUUUGCUGGGCCUUCUGCAUUCCACAGUCAAAAUGGAUUACAGGGUUAUGACGAAAGGUGAAGCAGAGAUAGCAGACAUGCUGAAGAAAAGUUUAAAUGGAAAGAGGUAUUUAAUUGUCUUGGAUGAUAUCUGGAGUUGUGAAGUGUGGGAUGGCAUGAGACGAUGCUUUCCAACUGAAGAUAAUGCAGGGAGUCGAAUACUGCUGACUACCCGUAACAACGAAGUAGCCUGUUAUGCUGAUUCAGAGAAUCUUUCUUUGAAGAUGGAUUUAAUGGGCCCGGAUGAGAGUUGGAGUCUUUUCAAAAGUGCAGCAUUUUCAAGUGAAGAAUUACCAUAUGAGUUCGAGACUGUUGGAAAGCAAAUCGCAGAUGAAUGUCACGGGUUACCACUAACUAUUGCCGUGGUUGCUGGACUUCUCAAAUCUAAAAGGGCAAUAGAAGAUUGGGAAAGUGUUGCUGAAGAUGUCAAGUCAUUUCUCACAAAUGAUCUUGGCAACCAAUGUUCACAUGCGCUUGGGUUGAGUUACAAUUACUUGACCAGCGAUCUAAAAACAUGUCUUCUGCAUUUCGGAAUUUUUCCAGAAGAUAGUGAGAUUCCAGCGAAGAAAUUGAUGAGAUCAUGGAUGGCUGAGGGGUUCCUGAAGUUGGAAAAGGAUUUGGAAGGAGAGGCUGAGAAGUGUUUGCAAGAGCUUGUCGAUAGAUGUCUAGUCCUUGUCUGCAAGAAAAGUCCAGAUGGAACAAAAAUUAGAUCAUGUAAGGUUCAUGAUCUAAUAUAUGACCUGUGCUUGAGAGAAAUUCAGAGGGGGAGCAUUUUUAUCAUGAACGACAUUGUGCUUGAUUACUCAGAUUCAGAAUCUCUAGAUCUCAGUAUGCAAAAAAUGCAGCCCUUUAAACGCGUGACUGGUGAUAAAAUUGAUUAUUGUCCCCAUGGUCUUUAUAGGGCUCUUCUUACCCCUGUACACCAUCAGUUGAGAGAUCAUGACAACAACGAUCUUUUGAAACGAACCCAUUCUAUUUUCUCUUUUCAUCUUAAGGAUGCAUAUCUUUAUAUUCUCAAAUCAGAGCUUAUUCAUUUCAAAUUACUCAAAGUCUUGGAGUUGAGACACGUAGAGAAUGAUAAUUUCCCUCUACAGAUACUAAGCCUUAUCUGGUUGAGGUACCUAUCAUUGCCCAGCCGUGAUAAUUUUCGCAUACCUCCAGAAAUUUGCAGGUUAUGGAAUCUGCAGACAUUCAUUGUUCAAGGGGUGCAGACAUUCAUUGUUCAUGGUCAUAGUCGAAUAGUUAAAAUAACUUUUCCUGAGGAAAUUUGGGGACUAAUGCAAUUAAGGCAUCUCAAACUGCCCAGAUUUUAUUUGCCAGAUUGCCCUAGUGGAUCUGUUGACAAAGGAAGGCACUUGGAUUUUUCAAACUUACAAACUAUUUCUUACUUGUCUGCAUGUUGUUGCACGAAGGAGGUUAUUAUGUGGAUUCAGAAUGUCAAAAAAUUAGGUAUCAUUAUAAAUAAGGAUGACUAUAAAAGUUUUCGGGACCCUGGGCUUCUCAACAAUCUUGUCUGUCUGCAGCAACUUGAAAUAUUGAGUCUUAUAUGUCUUGAUUAUAGCCUUUUGCCAGUGGUCAAUUCAAGUGCAAAAGCUUUUCCAGCAACGCUCAAGAAGCUGAAGUUGAAAGGAACUUCUCUAAGUUGGUCGUACUUGGACAUCAUAGCUGAAUUGCCUAACCUUGAGGUGCUGAAGCUAAUGGAUGUUGCUUGUCAUGACGAUGAAUGGUAUCCAAUUGUUAGGGGAUUUACUCGAUUGAAGCUUUUGGUAAUUGAAAAUAAUCUUCUCAAGUACUGGAAAGCCACAGAUGACAAUUUUCCUAUCCUUGAGCGCCUUGUGCUUAAAGAAUGCAGAUAUUUGAAAGAGAUACCCAAUGAGUUUGCAGAAAUCCACUCACUACAACUGAUUGAGUUAAAGUGGUGUCUUUCCGAACUUGGGGAAUCUGCAACAAGAAUUCAAAAGGAACAAGAAGACCUCGGAAACAACCCCGUGGAUGUUCGUAUCUUCGAUCCAUGUAAGCACUUAUCAAGGUCACAUUCUGUUUCUCAUUUCCACUAG